AUGUUGCCAUGCGAUGACUUGAAUUGUAGCAACGUAUUCACUUUCACUUCUACGCAGCUCGGCCCUGAAGUUAUAAGAACUUACUUUAAGCUUAAAGCUAUUAAAUCUUAUAACGUAUAUGAUAAGCGAGUGAGUCAGUCAAUAUUUAAUAAGUAUAAGUAA